AUGGAAUUCUAUAGCGGCCAAAAAAUCAGUGGCGUGUCCGCGCGAGAAAAAACUGAUUCGAUGACGUACAACAAUUCCUCCGUGCCAAUCAUGGCGGAAGUGACAAUACUAACAACAAACACAAGCAAACGUCAACAAGACUUGUUAGCGACAGCUCUUGCCGGCAGUAUCACGCGACCAAUGUCGACAUCAUCGUCGUUGGUCGACAGCAGUCGACUAAUCGCCGAUGAUCAACACUUUGUUGGUGAGUCAACCAACAACCAACAACACGACAUGAUAAUCAGUGGCAGUAUAAAGCAUUACGGUGAACAUGACUGCGCUGGUGGGGCUCGUGCUUACUCGGCUGCCUCGGCCAAUCACCCGACUGAAAAGACUUACUGUUAUUCCGAUGAAGAGGGCGAUGAAGACGAAGAAGGGGAUGAUGAUGUGUUGGCCAGCGGUAAUCGUUUGAGUCGACGACAUUCAUCGGCAGGCAUUGUUCCAUUGUCAUUAAGAUCGACGUCGUCGUCAUCCAACGCGAUCGACACGGACGUGCUGCUAGCGACCGAUGGACGUGCUGGCGUCAGCCGAUCGGCAAGUCGACGGUGCCGCAUCGACGAGGAGCAACGGAAUCAAUCGACGAUAGCGAUCGCACGCCCGGCCCUAAUCAAUAAUAACGUCGGUAAUUGGUUGAACGUGCCAGGUGCUCCUGUCGACAUUGGCAAGAAGACGAUGAAGAAGAAGAACAAUGCCUUCACAUCAAUCGAGAAGCAAAUGGAACGUUUGGAAUUAGUGCAAACUCCAGCGCUAGUUGUCGGAGCUGCGGCAGCAAGUAUGAGGAACCAAUCGCACAGUCAACGCCAUCAUCAUCAGCAAAAUCAUCGAUCUAGCAAUUGUGUAGAGUCAUCGCAGUUACUGGUGCGUCAUCAACAGUCGUCUCAACACGUCCGUUCUCAGUCGGUCCGUGUCGCUCCUUCCGGCAGUAAAUUCGCACCCACGGCACCCAAUAGGAACAAUAACACCAGUCCAAUCAAUCAACAACAACACAAAUUAAUAUUUGACUACAACACUAGCAGCAGCAUUCAGCAGCAGUCUAUAGGGAAGGUCCGUCCUCGCGGGACUAGUCUGCCCGGCACUAAUCGUGCCAUUGCAUUGGCAGAUGUUGGGAUAACCACCGGCAUCAACGCAGACGAAGUCGCGGCUCAGCAGCAACAGCAAUACUGCGAUAAAAGAGAGGACGACGAGGCUGAUUAUUACCUGUUGAGACAUUUCAUCGUUCACGGCAAAAGCAAUAAAGUGGUCAAUCGGGGCGAUUCCUUCCGUCGGUCGCUGCGUGCUCAUCCGAAACAGCAGAACAGUAGCGCCGUCAGUCAACAUUCCAGCACGUCCAGCAUCAGUACCGAAAAUGUGGCCGGAUCUCCACCACCUAUCCAACCACAACAGCAACCAUACCACUAUCAUCCGCAACAACAACAACAAGGACAAUACUACUCACCGUACCAGCAUUAUGGGUUGACGGAUCAGGUUCAGCAACAACAGUCAUCCAGACGUGCUUCUUUAUCUUUGCUAAUGGUGGCCGGUGCUGAUCAACAACAACAAGCUGGUCCAUCACCGCCAUCUGGUGGUCCUUCGUUAGGAGAACCUUUCCGAGUUUUGAUGUUGGGGGCCUCUGGAGUUGGCAAAACCGCCCUUACAGCCCAAUUCAUGACAUCUGAAUAUCUCAACACUUAUGAAGCUUCUUUAGAUGAAGAUACCUGCGAUCGCUCCGUUUCGGUUUUGCUCGACGGGGAGGAAUCUCAAUUGGUCUUUAUCGAUCAUCCACAUGGGGAAAUAUCGGUGGAGAACAGCGUAUCAACGUACAAUCCACACGCUUUCGUCAUCGUGUACAGUGUUGUGGAUGCCGAGAGUCUGCGGGAGGUGGAAGAAGUGCUGCACUUUUUAUGGCGACAUUCGUUAACAAACAAUCGAAAUUGCAACAGCAGUACAUCGUCCAUGACGAAUUCGUUUUAUGGCCGACAACGUCAUCAAACGGCAAGUGCGACGACACUGUCCACUACGGACGCUCCAAUUGACCAGACAUCGCCGGUUCGGAUAGCACCUUUGCAAAUGUUGCCACCUCCGAUUGUCAUUCUAGUGGCUAACAAGAUCGACCUCGUCCGCUCUCGAAUCAUUUCCCCUCAAGCGGGUAAAUCAUUGGCGACGUCGUUCGAUUGCAAGUACAUUGAGACAUCGAGCGGAAUGCAGCACAACGUCGACGAGCUUCUAGUCGGAAUUUUAAAGCAAAUUCGAUUAAAGAUACAAAAAACGGAACAGAUGUACCAGCAGCAAUUAACUUCACCUAAUUCCUCCACGUCUUCGUCGAAAAGUUUAUUCCGCAAAAGAAGUGGAAGACGACGCCAACAACAACAACAGCAGCAGCAGCAUCUGGUUAAUUACCAAACGACGGGGUUGUCAGGUAUUUCAGCUGAAGGCGAAGGAUCGUGUUGCAUCAGCACCUCCGCCAUUCCCGGAAUAGCCACCAACAACGCAGGACGGAUAACAAUGACGUCAUCAACGACGAAUCGACGUUCGGCCAGUCUUCGCGUCCGUCGCAUGCUGGGCAAAGCCGUUUGGACGUGUGCAGAAUAUUACCACAGGAACAAAUCACGCUCGUGCGAAGAUCUUCACGUCCUUUAAGAACAUUUAAUGUCCUUGACGAGAUAUGUUGAAUGAUAUACAUAUAUCGCAUCACACCACAUAUCUCUCUGUGACAGCCAUAUGGACAUUAUACAUAAGUUAGCUGCCAACUAACAAUUGAAAAGUCUCGUUGUUUGUCUGCGUUACGUCUCUGUUUUCUGUUGGACUCUCUAAAAUACAUUGAUCAUAUCAA